AGCCAGUGCCCUGAGCAGGGGAGGAAGGGCCUCCCCCCCGCCCCGAGGCCUGCAGACGGUGGAAGCUGAGGCACAGAAGUUCUCUCUGCCCAACCCCUCCUCCUGCGUACUCGCCACCCCCCCCGGAAGGAAGCCCUGAGGCCCUGCCCACGGCAGCAACCAAGGCGAGAAGGAGCAAACCACAGACCCCGCCGCCGACGGGCACCCCACAUCCUGCCCGGGCUGCGACAUCCCCCCACGUCUUCGCCUUGCAGACGUCGUGGGGCGGCCUCCCCCACGCGGCAUCAUGGUCGUGCAGGACAGUGCGGAUGCCGGGGACAGCAGGCUGGGCGUGCGGCUGCAGCCCUUCCUGCACCAGGUCGGGGGGCACCUGAGCGUGAUGACGUAUGACGAGCACACCGUGUGCAAGCCCCUCAUCUCCCGGGAGCACAGGUUCUACGAGGCCCUGCCUCCGGCCAUGAAGCGCUUCACCCCGCAGUACAAAGGGACCAUCACCGUGCACCUCCACAAAGACAGCAGGGGCUGUCUCAGCCUGGUCGCCCACCCACUGAAGGAGAGCCGCGAGCCCUUCAAGGUGUCCCCGGAGUCGGCGGCCGUGGCAAAGCGGCACCCACGGCAGCACGCCCAGUGGGCACAGUCUCCCGCCGAGAGCCACAGCCUGGCCAAGCUCCACACCCACCCCCAGGUGUCCUCGCUGGCGCUGGAAGACGCUAACGGGAACCAGGUAGAGGCGAGGAGCUUUAACCCGUGGGGCCUGCACUGCCACCAGGCACACCUGACCCGCCUGUGCUCCGAGUACCCAGAGAACCAGCGGCACCGGUUCCUGCUGCUGGAGAACGUGGUGUCCCGGCACACGCACCCCUGCAUCCUAGACCUGAAGAUGGGGACGCGGCAGCACGGGGACGACGCCUCCGAGGAAAAGAAGGCCCGGCACGUGAAGAAGUGUGCACAGAGCACCUCGGGCCGCCUGGGCGUGCGGGUCUGCGGCAUGCAGGUUUAUCAGACGGAUAAGAAGUACUAUCUCUGCAAAGACAAGUACUACGGGAGAAAGCUCUCGGUGGAGGGCUUCCGACAGACCCUCCAUCAGUUCCUGCAUGACGGGACCCGCCUGCGCACCGAGCUCCUGGAGCCCAUCCUCAGCCAGCUGCAGGCCCUCCUCUCGGUCAUUAAGAGCCAGAGCUCCUACCGGUUCUACUCCAGCUCUCUCCUCAUCAUCUACGAUGGACAGCAGCUGCCAGAAAGACCCCCGGGCAGCCGGCACCCUCAGGAAGCUUCAGGGGAGGCCCGGGCCGGCCCUCAGGGCGGUCUCCCCAGGGUAGACAUCCGUAUGAUCGACUUUGCUCACACAACAUACAAGGGCUCCAAGGACGGGCACACCACCUACGACGGACCGGAUCCUGGCUACAUUUUUGGGCUGCAAAACCUCAUUGGGAUCCUGCAGGAUAUCCAAGAGGGAGUCUGACCCCGUCCUGGGCCUACCUGGGCUCCUCUGGGCUACAGAUUGCAAAAAGGCACUACUUGUAGCCAGCGCAGUCGAGAUGAUGCUUAGAUGUCUUUAUACGCCCCUCAAAAGCCCGCUGUCCGAGGCGGACUCUCCUGAGAGCUGCUAAAGAAACCCUCUGGUACCCUGGAGGUCAUUCCACGUAGCCUGGCGUCUUGCUCUAGUGCUGGUCAUCAGACAAUGGACAGUCCAUGCAAAAAGCAGCCCUGCCUUGGAGCGCACCAGAGAGUGGCCUUGGGAGUUAGAGACCAGCAUGAAGGGGACAACCCCUUCACUUCAGCAACUCUGCUGCUGAAGAUGCUUUCCUGUUGCCGCACCACCAUCCUCACACGCUGGGAGGCAGAAACAGAACCAGGAGAAGCCUUGUAGGGUGUCUUCCAGAUCAUGGUUUUUCUCCACUGCAAGCUACGUAUGGCCUCUCACCUUCCAAAGAGCAGCUUCGGGUGGGGCAGGAGGAAGUGGAACAGACCUGCGCAUCUCACCUGCUCUGUCUCUGGGUUCUAAGUGGACAAGGACGAGCCCAGACAGGAGUGUAGGUAGCCCAGGGCCCCAUGUUGCUAGUGGACAGCAGGGUCACCUCACAGCCUCCUGCCUGCCCCCCCUUCCCGGGGAAGAGAGGAUUCUGCCACAUUCUGACCACGCAAUGACUCUGACCAUGACCUGCAGCUUCCGGGGCAAGGAUGGAGGGGAAGAGGAGCCACCCCGUUAACCUCUGCUCCCCGCUUUCUAUUUAUUUAUUUGGGGGGUGGGCUGGGGGAGGCAGAAGACCCGGAAGGCAUGUGGGAGCCAGGGGCAAUGUUUACAAGGCCAGUGGACAAGUGUAGAUCCAGAACCAGCAUGCACAGUCCUAAUUAAUUCCUUCCUCGGCGGUGUGGAAACCUAUUACAAUGCCCUGGAGUCACGCGCCGGGAUACGUUACCCAAUUAGGGAAAUAAA